AAUUAGUGAUUUUAAAUCCCCGAAAACUCACAAAAUAAGAUAGUUAAAAGGCUGAAAGAAUAAAAGCAAACCAGAAAACAGAAAAUAAAUGGCAGACAAGGAGAAAAUGGUAUCCGAUUGCUCAUCGUAUUCUCAUGAUCAAACCAAUGAAGAAGAUUUGACAGCUGCGUUAUAUGGAUCCGAAUCCGGGUGGGUCGAAGCCCGUACUCAUUGCGAUCAUCUGGAUACACUUUCUUCGGAUCUAACCCACAUCCCCACCCCCGACACUCCCUGUACCAGGUGCCAUCAUCCUGCUGAAAAUUGGUUGUGUUUGGGCUGCAAGGAGGUUUUAUGUAGCCGAUUUAUCAACAAGCAUAUGCUCAAGCAUUAUCAACAACAAAAUCAUAGUGUAGCCUUAAGUUACAGUGAUUUGUCAGUUUGGUGUUUUUCUUGUGACUCAUAUUUGGAUGCACACGUUAUGCCUCUUCUUCGGCCUGUUUAUGAAACUGCUUAUAUAUUGAAGUUUGGUGAAGCACCACCGUUUCGAACAGUUGAAAGUUUGCAACUUGGAGAUAGCCAAGUAGAUGGUUCCACGUCUGGCAAAUAAAAGUAUAUGUCGUUUCUGCAUUGCUAAGGUUAAGUUUGUCGUCUCUGUAUUGCUAAGGUUAAGUUUAAGUUCUUGUUUUUACCUUCCUGUAUAGAGCUUAACUUAUUAGACCGCAAAUGUUAAGAUUGAAAAUGAAGUGUUUGAUCAGGAUGAAAUAUUGAAUUAUGACAUCUUUUGUUUAGAUUUUAUAAGGUGCAAAGGUGGUUUGUCUUUUGGUUUA